AUGACGACUAACUAUUUGGUGCCAAACACUAAACCGAUUAAUGGAAAUGUGUUUCAUUCAUUCGAAAAGAUAAAUGAAAUAUUCGCAAAGAAUGAUGGUAGAAGAUAUUAUAGAGAACUUGAAAGUUCAUGCUAUGACUCUGAUGCUCCAUAUUUUGAUGAUAAACAAACUCAUUUAAGAAUUACAAAUCCGGCUCAUGAUGUGAACCAAUUAGGUGACACAUAUAUUAAACGCAAAGUUAAAGCAACUCUAGUUUCAAAUAAAGCUUUCACAUGUGAUGCCGCUUUUAAAUGCAUGCGUUUAUUCGUUGGUUACAAAUCAUCAAAUCAAAGCUUUAAACAAUUAGAAGUAGAAACCGAAAGAGGUGAUGCCGGUUAUCUUCAGAUGGAUUGCGCCCGUGAAUCUUUCGCAUUUGCAACAUAUAAACCAAAAUCAGAAAGGAAAGUUAAAAAGUUUGUUCAUUCGUUAUAUAAUAAUGUUCAAAAAUAUGAUAACUCAGUAUGUGGUAAAUAUAUUGACCCUUCAGAAGUUUUCAAGAACGCAAAUGAAGAAG